AUGGGAGAUAGUAAAGUAAGAACCAACACUAACGCUAAUGGUAAUAUCAUAUUUAUUAAAGUUACGUUUUUAUUUUUGGUCCUAUCUACUUUUUUUAAAGUAAGUAAUGGAAAUUUGGAAUGUCCCAUAGACACACCCUUAAGUUGUAGCAAUAAGACAGUCAUUUCAGACUCUUGCUGUUUUGAAUAUCCUGGUGGUAUUUUUUUGCAAACUCAAUUUUGGGAUUAUCAAUUGGAAGGAGAUAAGGCUGGUCCUUCAAAUAAAUUCACGUUACAUGGGUUGUGGCCUGAUAAUUGUGAUGGUUCAUAUGAACAAUUCUGUGAUUCCAGUUUAAAUAUAAAUUAUAAGCUUGAUGAGAUGUUGGGGAAUAAUUCUAAUUUUCAUGUACCAGAUGUGUUACCUGAUUUAACGAUUACUGGACCUGAAUUAUUGGAAAAAAUGAGCGUUUAUUGGAAAAGCAAUACAGGGGAUGAUAGCAGUUUAUGGAAACAUGAGUACAACAAGCAUGGCACAUGUAUUAAAACAAUGAAUCCUAAGUGUUAUGGGCGAUGGUGGGAAGAUUCCCAGAGUUUGAGCAACAGUAUCAAGAAUACGGCCAAUGACAAGGGUGGACUUUUAAAAAAUCGGGCUGUUUAUGACUAUUUUCGUAUUUCUGUGGAACUUUUUGAAAAACUGGACACUUACAAAUUUUUGAUGGAGGGGGGCAUAACUCCAAGUAUAGAUAAGACAUAUACUAGAGACGAAAUUUCAAGUGCUUUGAAAAAACAUUUUCAAGGUCAUAACGUGUUUUUUAAAUGUGACAGCUAUGGUGCUUUAAAUGAAAUUUGGUACUAUCAUUUAAUUAAUAGAGGUAGUGUGUUAUCUCAAGAUUUUACGCCCAUUGAUUCUUUUAGAACUUAUUCUAAUUGUCCAAUUUCCAAAAUAUACUACUAUCCAAAGGGCUAUAAGCGCCAUAAUCCUACUCCGCCAGGAAAGGGUAGAUCUUCAGUAGGCGUAAUUAGAAUUGGUGGACCUAACGGUGAUGGCAGCAAUGGGUUUGUCAUCCGUAAUGGACAUUGGAUGACCAAAGGAACUCCGGCCAAUUUUGAAGUAUUUAAAUCUACUUAUGGAAAUUACUAUAUAAAAUCCAGAAGCGGGUAUUGUAAAAUUGUUAAAAAUAAGGAUCAAGAACAUUUACUCUGUGGUGGUGGUAACAAUGUUGGUAGUGCCACUCAAUUUGAACUUGAAGAGAAACACGGUUACAUUGGAUAUGGUGGCAAGUUUGAUUGGUAUAGUAAUGAUUAUCCAAGAAAUUCCAAGCAAAGUGUUAUAUACCCUGGCAGUGGGGGGAAAUAUACGUUCAAAUUAAAAUUUACCAAGACGCAUUGA